CGAUUUCUGGGCCUGGUUAAUCAGCACGUUUUUAUAUGUAAAUUGUAGAGUGAGUCUUGGUCACUUUUUGUUGCGUUUGAAACAUCUUGCUCGCUAGCCAGCUAAUAUUAGCUAACGCUAGCUUGCUAUUUUGGGGACAUAUGGAAGUUGCUUUUAGUCUUUAUUGAAAUUUGUAGCUUGCCAGCGACAGCAACGGCUAACCGUUCUUAGCAUGUUCGGUAGCUAGGGUCAUUGUUAUGUAACCGUUUCGCGAUGUGCAUUCACAUCGGCGUUUCAGACAAAUAUAAAUUAGCUAACUAGCUUUUCCUUCGUUGUACUUGAGAUUGCUAGCUAAGUAGCUAAUAUGCCUUUCCUUCGCUUGGCGGCUGUUCAUAUUAAAGGUGCCUAGCUGAACGUUGCCUUUGGUCCGGGACCGGCCCCAGGAUGGCUCUGAUCGAGGGCGUGGGGGACGAGGUGACCCUGCUCUUCGGGGUGGUGUUCCUGGCUCUGGUGCUGGUGCUGGCGUGGGCCUCCACCCACACGGCCGACCGCUCCGAGCACCUCUUCACCCCCGCCCCCGCCUCGCACAGGACCGCCUCCUCCUCCUCCUCCUCCUCCUCCCCGGAGAGCUCCGGGCCCGAGCCACCCUCCCCGGAGACCGCCCCGACGCCCGGGGGCCUGGGGGAGGAGGGGAAGCAGGACGAGCCCCCCCGGGAGGCGGGGGCCGAGGGGCGGGAGGAGGCGGAAGCAGGGGCGGAGGUGCAGGGUAGCGCCCCGUCGGACGGGGGGCUCGGGUCGGACGGGGGGCUCGGGACGGACGGGGGGUUCGGGACGGACGGGCUGCGACACAGGGAGACCGCGGGCGCCGCCCAGACCGGCGCCGGUCCCGCCCAGCCGCCGCCGGACAGCGCCGAAAGUGCCCCCGCGGACGACGCCCAGAGGAACAUGGUCCUCCGUCUGAAGUUCCUCAACGACACCGAGAGGGUGGCCCAGGUCAAGCCAGAGGACACCAUCGGCUACAUCAAACGGACGUACUUCACGGGGCAGGAGCACCAGGUGCGGCUGAUCUACCAGGGCCAGCUGCUGCGGGACGACGCCCAGACGCUGGCCUCGCUCAACCUGGCGGACAACUGCGUCCUGCACUGCCACAUCUCGCAGCACGCCACGCCCCAGGUGCCCGCGGGCGCCCGAGCCGCCGACCAGGUGCACGUGGCGCUGAACGUGGGCAGCCUGAUGGUGCCCUUCUUCCUGCUCAUGCUGGCCGUGCUCUGGUACUUCCAGAUCCAGUACCGCCAGUUCUUCACCGCCACUGCCACCGCCUCCCUGGUGGGCCUCACCAUCUUCUUCAGCUUCGUGGCGUUCGGCCUCUACCGCCGAUAAGGGGGGGGGGGAGGGCCCACGCAAACACACACGCACACACACACAUACAGAACAUAAACACGCAUACAGAACAUAAACACACACACAUACAGAACAUGAACACACAACACACACGCAGAACAUAAACACGCGCGCAGAACAUAAACACACACACACACACACACACACACACACUCGCGCGCGCGUGCAGAACAUAAACACACACAGAUACACGCACGCGCGCGCAGAACACACACACAUACACACACAGACAUACACACACACACACACGCGCGUGCGCAUAGAAAAUACACAGAGACGCACGCAUACAUACGUCGAACACAGGCGCACAGGGCACAGCAGUGGACAUAGCAGUGCGCACACACAAGACAACCAUGUACAUGCGCGCGUGCACACACACACACACACACACACACACACACACACACACACACACACACACACACACACACACAAUGGAAGACACAUCCUCCCUCCAUAUUACUCAGCACCGGCCUCUGUUGCAUUCUGGGAAGGAUCAGCCUUCAGUGACUGUAAAAGGUGAAGUCAAAGGGGGGGGGGGUGGUAAAGUAAUCUCAGAAGCAAGAUAUUUUCUUUAUUUUUUUGGUUUAUUUGUAUUUUUUAUUCACAGGGUGUGUUGUUUUCAUCAGAAAAUGCGUCCCUGUAGAAAAUGUCACGCAGAUGGAUAUGUGCUAUAUAAUUUUUUUUUUUUUUCAAUGUAUAAGAUAUACAAAUGUAUAAGAAUAAUUGGUGGACUCCUCCUGCCUGUCCUACUUUUUAUUUUUUAUUUUUCUUGUGUAUGGGUACGCAAGCAGACAGGGGCGUGGUUUAUCGCCCCGGGGCAUAGUCUCCGGGAACUCUCGCCCCCUCUACGGGCAGGGCCAGACGUUUCGCUCUCCGUUCUCCUCAGUGGAGGAGGAACUACUGCUGUUGUAUGUCUUGGACUUGAAGCAUAGACUGUAAAAUACGGCUUUUAAAAACAAAGGAAAAAAAUCUAUUAAAUCAUUCUUUUAUUUA